CACACACUCACACACACAGAACAGAGAAAAUUAUUCAACGCAGAGGGGCCGUUUACGUGUCCCUCACGCAACAGCAGCAUCAAUCGACGAUGAGCAUGGACUCUGUGAUGGACUCGUCGAGCAGCGACCGCAGCUCGCCGAAACAGCUGUCGUCGCCGGCGCCACCGGUAGUGGCGCCGCAGCCACCACCAGCGUCACCAUCGCCGAUGCACCUGCCGCCGCCGGGCCACCGUUCGCCGGCCUCCGGCAACAGUCCGCUGGGCUCGCCGAUCGCCACGCCCACGUCUCUGGGCCUGAUGGGCCGCGGGCCGCCGCCGGGCCUCAGCCACCCGUCGCUGCUGAUGUCGGCCAUGGGCUCGCUGGCUGGCCUGCCGGUCGACCUGAACCACCACCACGCGGCGGCCGCCGCUGCGGCCGCCCUCGAACGUGCAUCCUACAACAGCCCGCCGCCCAUCCCGACCACAGACCCGACGGCCAACGAGUGCAAGCUGGUCGACUACCGCGGCCAGAAGGUGGCCGCCUUCAUCAUCUCCGGCGAGACCAUGCUGUGCUUGCCUCAGGCCUUCGAACUCUUCCUCAAGCACCUGGUUGGCGGACUGCACACAGUCUACACCAAGCUGAAGCGACUCGAUAUCGUCCCUCUUGUCUGCAACGUCGAGCAGGUCCGCAUUCUGCGAGGGCUCGGUGCCAUCCAGCCCGGCGUAAAUCGCUGCAAACUGCUGUCGUGCAAGGACUUCGACGUCCUCUACAGAGACUGCACAACUGCCAGGACACCUUCCUCCCACACUUACCGGGCAGGAGCCAGCUUGAUGAUGGAUAGCUCCAGACCGGGUCGGCCGCCGAAACGAGCUUCCGUCGGCCUGUCGAUCGCCGCCAGCCAGAUGGGACAUCAUCAUGCGCUCAAGAAGCACCGCAUGGAGAACGGUUCAGACUACGGAUACGAGAACGGACACCUCGGCUCUGACUACCCGUCAAGACUGGAGAAGUCACCCCUGCUGGCCAACGGCUACAACCACCCUCCUACACACCUGAACCCUAUGCAGUUCAUGCAGCUGAACCACCACCCAGCGGCCGCGCACACGGCCAUCCUCUCGCCAGCCGGCAUACCCCUGCCCUCGAGCCACGGCCUCUCCAGGUCCGACGGCUCCAUCAUCAAGAAUCAGCCCGGUGGCAUGACCAGUAUCGACGCUCUCGCCAGGUCUGGCAUUUGGGAAAACUGCCGCGCUGCUUACGAGGACAUAGUCAAACGUCUCGAAAGUAGGUUACGCGACGAACGAGGAGAUGCAGAAAUGGUACUCGCCCUCAACCACAAGGCCCAGGAUCUCAGGAACUCGUCCAGAAACGGGUCGCCGGCGGGUCAGAGUCCCGUGUUAAAUCUGUCGAAGAGCGGUGGCAACGGCGGCGGUGGCAGCGCCGGCGAACAGAGUGGAAGCGAGGCCGGAGGUCACACGGGGCUUGAGGACGAUGACGACGACGACAAUGUCAGCGACGUCGACGAGGAGGACGAAAAGGACCACGGGUUUUUUGUUUUCUGUCCAGAUUUAAGCGACACGGCCGAACUGAACACAAGCGUGGCCGGCAGUGACCACGGCGGCCACUCCGCCCCCGGGGGCCUAUCACACCAGCAGGCGGCCGCUCUCAACUACUCCACGUUAGUAGGGGCGGCGGCCGCGGCCGCCGGCGGAGUUGUCGACGGUGGCGGCGCCGUCUCUUCCACCGAGACCUUACUGAGGAACAUUCAGGGUCUUCUCAAGGUUGCCGCAGACAACGCCCGUCAGCAGGAGCGACAGAUUAACUUUGAAAAAGCCGAGAUGAAAAUGGACGCCAUACGCGAGCGCGAACUGAAGGACAGUCUAGAGCGGCAACUGUUGGAUGAGCAGAAGAUCAGAAUCUUGUUCCAAAAGAGGCUGAAAAAGGAACGCAAGGCUCGCAAGCGGCUGCAAGAUCAGCUGGACCUGGAGAUAAAGCGGCGCUCGCAGUGUGAGGAAGCCCUUAAAAACACGGCGGCAGGCGAAGCCCUGCGGCUAAUCAACGAGGCGAGCGAGCAGCAGAACAGUGCGCGCGACACGCAAAAGGAGUCGCCGCCCGCUUCCGGCGGCGCCACCUCAGCCGCCCCCGGCAUCCCCGGUCCCCCGGCGUCGAGCAGGCACUGCGAGCCGCCCGGCGGCAACGACAAGCAGUGGAACUACCCGUCAGGCCUCGAUCUCGUGGCCGGCGGGGCUGCCUUUUGGCAAAGUUACUCAGAGAGUUUAGUCCAGGAGCUGGAUGUAGAGCGCAAAAGCCGCCUACAGCAAAACGCCGCCCAGCAGCAGGACAGAGCAGCCGACGCCAAGUCGCCCCUCCAAGAGCCGCGCACUGGCUACUACAAGAACUCGGUCCUCUUCUCCAGUGCAACCUAAACGCAUGCAAAUGAGUUUUCCUCCACUUUCAAGAAAGACACCCUAAGUGCGAAAAGUCUCAUUUGCAUGUAGGCCGCCACAAUUCGGAGAAGCACAAAUGCUGCUGGGCUGCUGUACAUACGAGAAACAAACAAAUUCAACUCGUUUCGCGGGCACUCGGUGCGACACACGUCAUACGGAGCGGAGCGAAAAUUUGCGGAAGAGUGAAAGUGGUAUUUUAUUUGUUCUUUUUUCUCGUGGGUUGUGCACACUCAUCAAAGCGAGAUCUCAAAAGAAAAUGAAUUUCCCUCCUCUCGUAGGCACGUGCCAAAAUGUUUGUUAAUCGCAAAGGGUGCGUAGGCAGUUUCGUUAUUUUCUCUACUAAUUUCUUCGGAAAAGUCAAAGACUGCAAUUUUUUCAACCACAACACAACUCAUAUUUUGUUAAUUAUGCGAGAGACGUGGAAAAUAGAAAAUGUUCAUUCUUAAGUGCUUCUCUUUCCUUAAGUGCGUAGUUGGAACCAUUUGGAAUCUUUGAUAUUGCUGAUCAAAACGAUUUUUUGAAACCACUAUGUUAAAAAGUGCCAAUCUAAAACUAUACCAAAUUAAUGAUGUAGAUUACAUUGAGAACUUCUUUUCCUGAAGAAAAGAAAGUGAGCACAAAGUUUUUAGAGAAACAAACUGGCCGAUGUUAGGUGAACAUCGAUUAGACACAGACCUCCUUAGCACGCAGUGCUGUGUUCAGGUCAUAAUUAAUCGGUACAAGAUACAUGUUUUCAGGUGCAAAAAUGGCAAGGGAUGAAAUCGAUUAGGUGGUCUGACUCACCCUGAGGCCAAUGCUGACAUGAUUGAUUUAUAUCAAAGCACCGGCUACAAUGCUUGCUGGUUUGCACCUUUCCAGCAUGCGUGAUUUGGCUUCAAGGGACGAAUGUCUAGCGUUUCAAUGCAGUCCUCGGUGCGGGGCAAGUGGCCCUUCAGUGGGCUGGGUCCCUGUGCGGCCUGGUGCGCCCAUGUUAUCCGUUCGCGGUGUUACUGGGACCCAGGUUUCAGCAUUUGUGCUAGUGCAGUGCGCGCCCUUCCCGGUCCGAGGACAGGGAUAAAAAGCUAAAAAUAAAAUGCCAAAACUGCUAUAAUAAAAUCGAAAAUCGAAAUUUCCUAGUGGUCGUGUUCCUUGAAAAAUUGGCUUCUUGCCCAAGUUAGAUUUCAUUUUUCACGUCUCCCAGGUCGAUUUUUUUAAUUGUUUCUCUUGCGUUUUCAUGCCACAUGCAUAUCAACCCGAGGGCUAGUGCGCACGCGCUGCAGCGCGAUCAAAAUCGCGCCUGCGCACAAGCGCAAAAUGCCCAUUUGCCAUUUUUAAUCGUGUGUGUGCAAUGAACGAGUUUGUAUAAGUUAUUCGCUGCGUAAAAAGAGAGCAGUGAGAAUGAGAGUGAGAAACUUGUUUCUUUGUAAGUAAGUGUUAAUAGGCUAUCGAAAUGGAUUAUGAAAUUAUGAUUAUAACUCUCUGACAAAUUGAAUUAUGUAAAGCUAAUUAGGGGAAGCGAACCUUUGCGGCCGGGCUUGCGGCCGCGGCGGCCCCCGUUAUUUCUGCAUGUUGACUAAUAGAAUGCUGGCAAAUGAAUAUGAAACCGCAAAACGAAGCGAAGAGAAUUCACGCAAGCCGUAGCAUAAGCUAGUUUUAAUUACGAGAAGAGAGUCGCAUCUCUCACUGGCGCAGAGUGUAAAUUAUUGUUGCUGUGAAUAUAUCUCGUUCGUUUUUCCCAAAAUCACCGGCGGAAUUUCGGUUUGGGCGGCGCAAGUGUCGUCUCAACAACUGUGUACAUAAGAUAGUUCAAAUUUUACGAAUCCCCUGCUAGUCUCGCCACCAAUUCGGACAUGCAGACGUCGCCCCCCGACAACGCGCACAUUUUUGUAUUGAUUUCCCUUUGUUUCCCCCUUUUCAAGACUGUACAUUUGUUCGAUUAAUAAAUAUUAUCAUGUAUAUUUUUGCCCCAAUUGCACCAGCAAAAAAUGCAAUUAUGCCUAAUUUCUAGCCGUGUGUAAUUUCGGAGCGGUAGCUAUUACAUUGACUUAAAUUUAGUUCCUGUCGAUUCGUCGCCCAUGAGGGCCAUGAGAGAAAAACAAAGUGUAAUUAUUGCAGUGUGUAUAAUGGCCAUUAUUAUUGUACGUAUACCUUUUAAAGCGCGGACGACUCGCGCCGUCACACUUAAUUGAUAAUAAGGAACCGCUUAUUUGUUAAUCGAUCAAGUUUGCAAAAGAAGAAGAUACAAUUAAAAAUAGCGACCAAAAGUGUAUAAAAAUGUUAGUGUCGCAUUUCAACGCAGAACUCGUAGUGGCACAUGAAAGAGAUAAGUAAAAUUAAUAUAUUAUAUAUUACUACAUACGAGACGAUACAAUGUACUGCGCUCUAUCGAUUGUUUGUUUUCUAAUAAUUUAGCUGUGUAACGUGUUAUCUAAGAUUACGCAUCAGCAUCUAAUAUAAAGAUAAUUAUAAAAGAUGAGUAAACCGCAUACACGCAACAUAAAAAUAAUUGCGCGCAUAUACAUAAUAAGUGUAGUGUAACAAUAUUUAAAAUAAAAAUUGAGACAGUUAAACCAG